GUAGCGUAUAUUGGGUUAUUUAAAUAAAUACAUGGCUAAAUAAUAUUAAAUAGAAAUAAUUAUAGCACCACGUACAAUGUCCAAAUUAAAAUAAUUUUAAAUAUUUAAGAAAUGAUAAAUUUUAUUCCUGCGAGCUACUGAAAUAUCGGUAAACUUCGGUUUGGUCAUCACUUCAACGAUUUGCGUAUGACCUGCGUAAAACCAUGUUUAUGUUUACGUACUCUUAUUAACAAACCAGAUUGUGAAAGUUUUGUCUUUUAAAUUAUUAUGGAAUUUUUCGCUGUGUGCGUGAAGGAGGAAGUAUUUUUCUUUUCAUAUAUUAUUUCAAUAAAUUGAUUAUAUUAAAUGGAGUCGCAAAGUCUUUUAGGAGCUCAAUCUUCAACUUUAAAUAGUAGCGGCAGUACUGCUACUGUUACAGAUGAAGACUGGACGGAAGAAUCUAGUAAUAGUUCUUAUACCGAUUCUGAUAGCACCAUACCAGAAUGGGAGCCUUAUGUAGACGAUUUUACUGGAGAAUUACUUUAUAUUGAAUGUCACCCCUUUGUUGUACAAAAUAAAGAUACAAGAAUAAACAAAACUGUAGCUUCAGAACCACUUUCUAGAACAAAUUUGAGACGCAGUACAAGAGGCAAGUUUUUGCGACUCUUAAGACGUCGAGAUAGUAAAAGAAAAAGUAAGAGGAAUAUUAAGUUUAUCGAUGUGGGUGAUAACAACACUUCUAAAGUUAAAUUUCAGGAGUUACAUGAGGGCGAAGAAAAAGAAGUCAUGUUAGAUAUUGAUGCAGAAAAUAGACACAACUUAAGUAGUGAUACAUCUCUAGCUGAAUCAUUGUUGGGACUUGUAGUAAGUUCAUUAUCUGAUGGAAAUCGCGUUAUGAUAGCAGGUUUUUCUUAUGACAGUAAAGCAAAACAAGAGAGGAACAUUAAAAUUGGAGAUUGGUUGAAAAGUAUCAAUAAUAUAGAAGUUAAUGUACAAAAUUUAGACGAUGUUCUACAGAAAUUCAUAAAUAGGAAUGAAGUAUUGUUGAAACUACAAAGAGUAGCUGGAAUAGAGGUUACAAAGGACCCUCCAAUUAACGAACUUAAUAUAGAGUCGGAGUUUGUUAGGGAAUUAUUAAAUUCCAAGUCGGAAGAAGAACAAGGUCUCCUGGAAACAUUAUGUAAACAUCCUAUUGGAAUUUUGUACAUAAAUACUGAAAAUUUGAGUGAAAAAAAUCAAAAUAAUGAAGAUGUAACUUACUGUUUCCCGAAACCUAUACAAAAAAAUAUUUUAGCUACAUCUCGUGGGAUGUUUAUAACAGUAAAUCACUUACUGUAUGAUUUAACAAAAAGUCGACCAAGAGUGACUACAAUAAAAUGUAAUGGUCAACUAACAAAUGUUGUUUUUACUAAUUUAGAUAAAAAAUUGCUCCUUCUCAUGUUGCCUGAUAAUAGAGUGUCCAAACAAGAGAUUCUACUACUUAACAGUGAAAUUAUAAGACUCCUACAAUUCUGCUAUGAAACAAUAGAUAAAUGUUUCACAUCGGAAAAAUAUCUUUUACAAGUAGACCAUUUUUUCUCAAAAUUUUUUGCCAGAACUCUAAGCAGUGGUUUGUGGAGUACUGCACAGCAAUUUAUAGCUUUAGAUAAUUUAGAAUCGAAAGCUAAAGAAGUUAGUCCUUUUCAAUUUGAGGACAUCAUGCCUGUAGCACCGACAUUGAGUUUACCGGAUGAGGCUCAGCUUCAAAUUGAUGAUGCUUUGUCUGAAUUAGAAGCUAGUGAUUAUAGAGAUUGGAAUGAAGAACCUUUGGACUGCCAAAGAUUGUUUACAGUGUUAGGAAGCGCCCUUUUUCAUGCUGGUUACUUGCUUGCAUCGCAUUUUAUACAUGAAGAUCUUUUAGAUGUAUACUGCUUUUGUAAACAGCAAGGGCUUUUCCAUUUAUCUAGAACAGAACCUGUUAAAUCACUUGUACUUUGGAAAGAGGUAUUUCCAUAUUCAUGUAAUAGGAUAGAAAAGGGUAAUGCUAAAAUUCCAGAAGGUAGGAGAUAUUUGCUGGUUGUGGAAAGCGGAAAGGAUUUGUUGGCAGUGAUUAUGGAAGCAGGGGGUUGUACUGAAUCCCCUGAAGAAAACAUGGGCCCAGAUGCAUUUUAUGUAGAAGAAGCUCAAGCUACUUUGGCUCAUAUCCAAGAACUGGGUUUGGGAGAACUGGCAGAACGUUUAUUAUCACUUGAUCCACAUCCUCAAAUUGCAAGACCGUUUCCUCAUAAUAAUAGAAAAAAGGGCGAUUUUAUGAAUCUAAAUUUCUCCAAAGGAGCUUCAGGAAAGGACAUGUCAAUUUUACCAAAAAAGAAUGAAGUAACAUCUAUUUUGAAAAAAAGAAGUUCAGACAUAAAUUUCAUUGCUCCUUCGAAUUCUUCCAAUUCUUUACAAGAUGAUUCUUAUGAUGGACAGUCAGAAGGUUCCGGGAGUCAAGGAGGUUAUAGUGAAAUCAGCGACGAUUCUAGAAAGAAUUUCAGGAAAGACAAAUACGAUUCGAAUGAAGAAGAAUCUGAUACCGAUGAGUAUGGGGAAAGUAGUGUAAGUGUAACCAGUUUUGAUGUAUCUGAAAUACGCCAGUACAUUUUAUCAGAAAUAGAAGAAUUUCAACCCGUACAGUUAACUUCUGGAGAAGAGAAUAUACUGUAUCAUUUUGUGCAACUUGAUAUCACAGAAGGAAUUUUGUUGUGUCCACCAGAAACUCGAAAUCCAUCCCGUACUUACUCAUUCAUCAUAAAUAAAUUUAGAAAAAGUUGUCUAAGGAUCCAUUCGUUGUUUCAAAAUACAUUAAAGUUCAAGACUAUUCCUGUUCAAGAUAUAGCAAAAUCUGUCAUGAAUAAAAGUUUGAUAGCUAUAAGAGAACAUGGUAUAUUGUUUGAAUGUCCGUUUCUUGAUGAACAGGACAAAAAAAAUAAAAUUAGGUACUGGGUGUUAGGGAGACUGUUCUAUGUACCCCAUCCGAAGGAAUUGUAUGUUUGUUAUCGAGAUGGAAUCCCACAAAAUUUAGUAGAAAUUGCUUUUAAGUUAAAUAUGAGGACUGCUGCUUAGAUUUUAACCUUAGCCUGUGAAUAAAGUUGAAAUUUUUUAUAUGAUUCAGAGAAAUUUUACAAAAAGUUGUUGAAUUGUUAAAAAUUUACAAAUGUUUUAUUCCAUCCAUUUUAAAAUGCGUUUAUAUGAAUUUAUUAUACCCUUUUUUUUUAAAUCUUACUUUGUAUUUUUAUAAAUUUAGAUGCGAAAUGAAA